GAAGACGCAUACGCCGUCAGCUCAGCACUCAGCUGGUAAUAUAAUGCCAAUCAGCUGGUCCGCCUUGCUCACAGAAAAAUCAAAUCUUUCUCGCAGUUCACACACGGGUCACGGCCGGGACAACCAUGGCGGCGGCUGACUCCACUAAGCUCUCCCUCGCCUUCGUCCUCCUCCUCUCCGCGCUCGUCGUGCUCGGCGAGGUCGGAGGAAGCAUGGCAGCCGACUGCUCGACGCUCCGGUGCAUCCAGGGCGGCUACAUCACCUGCGACAACUACCCGGGGAAGCAGCUGGACGGGUGCGACUGCGUCUGCGCGCCCGACAACGGCCGGAACUGCGUUCUCCACCUCCAGUCCGGCUCCACCUACAACUGCAGCCGCAGCAACAAGGGAUAGCUAGCUAGUCGAUCUCGACCAGUCUUCGACAAUAAUAAUGCUUCAAGCUGUACGCUGUCGAAUAGUAACAGUUGUGCUGAAACGACCGGGUGAUGCGCAAAUAAUUUGCAAUAAAACUAUUUCUCUGUUGUGUUUUAAAGACACUUUAGCCUUAA